CAGGCGCAGUGCGGCCGCCGUUGCACAAACACCAUGAGGGGUGCGGAGCUCGAGCUGCUGCUCCUGGUCCGAGUUUAAAGGAGAAAGAAAACAAGCGUCGUGCGGAGCCGAGUUGAAAAUCAGCGGCGGAGCCGGUGCGGGCCUCUCUUCCACCCCCCCCCCCCCCCCCCCCCUACUGGGGGGAGGGAAACACCGGGACCGAUGAACCUGGCCAGUCAGAGCGGGGAGGGCGGCAGCAGCCAGCUCCUGUUCGCCAACUUCAACCAGGACACCACGUCUCUCGCUGUUGGUACCAAAUCUGGUUACAAGUUUUUCUCACUAUCAUCAGUGGAUAAAUUGGAACAGAUUUAUGAAUGCACUGACACAGAAGAUGUUUGUAUUGUGGAACGAUUGUUUUCCAGCAGUCUAGUAGCUAUUGUGAGCCUUAAAGCACCCAGAAAGUUGAAGGUUUGUCACUUUAAGAAAGGAACAGAGAUCUGCAACUACAGUUAUUCUAAUACAAUCUUGGCAGUCAAGCUAAAUAGACAGAGAUUGAUAGUAUGCCUAGAAGAGAGUUUGUACAUUCACAAUAUCCGAGAUAUGAAAGUACUGCAUACGAUCCGAGAAACUCCUCCAAACCCUACAGGGCUAUGUGCACUUUCCAUUAAUAAUGAUAAUUGCUAUCUUGCGUACCCUGGAAGUGCAACAAUUGGGGAGGUACAAGUCUUCGAUACUAUCAAUUUGAGAGCUGCUAAUAUGAUCCCAGCUCAUGACAGUCCACUUGCUGCUCUGGCAUUUGAUGCAAGUGGUAUGAAACUCGCGACAGCCUCUGAAAAGGGAACAGUAAUCAGAGUGUUCUCCAUUCCAGAGGGACAGAAACUCUUUGAAUUCCGAAGGGGAGUUAAGAGGUGCGUCAGUAUUUGUUCAUUAGCAUUCAGUAUGGAUGGAAUGUUCCUGUCUGCAUCCAGUAACACAGAAACAGUUCACAUCUUCAAACUGGAGACACAAAAAGAGAAACCACAGGAGGAGCCAACCACGUGGACUGGUUAUUUUGGGAAGGUGCUCAUGGCUUCCACUAGUUACCUGCCUUCCCAGGUCACUGAGAUGUUCAAUCAAGGCAGGGCAUUUGCAACAGUCCGGCUGCCAUUCUCAGGGCAUAGAAAUAUUUGUGCAUUGGCAACAAUACAGAAGAUUCCUCGGCUAUUGGUAGCAGCGGCAGAUGGUUAUCUCUACAUGUAUAACUUGGACCCACAAGAAGGGGGCGAGUGCACACUAAUGAAACAGCACAAGCUAGACGGUAGUGUGGAGUCAGCCAAUGAGAUUCUGGAGCCUUCACCACACGACCGGCCAUUAGUGUCUCAGACUUACAGUUCACCUGCUGCCAAAGUUACUUAUACCCCUUCAUCGCCAACACGACAUGCCUAUCCAGAGGACCAAGGAGCAGUGGGUGGAGUUGAACCAGAUGAUGAUUUGAACAUUGGCACACUGAGAUUAGAUGAAGACAAUGAGACUCCUCCCUUGAUUCUUAAGAGCGAGUGACUUUUGACUUGUGAACUGGCACAUGUUGACAGAGUGAACACUUGCAAUUAACUGUAUUGUGAUGCUGCUACAGACUUUUAUCGUUGCAGGACAGAAAGUGAAGAAAAGUAUGAAAGGAAAAUUUUAAAUAAAAUUGUAGCUGUAGCUUAAUUCUUUAAUAUUGGGUAAGAAAUAUAUUGUUUUUCCCUCGGUGGCUUUUAAUUCCUGUAAAGAUUUUUUUCUCCCUCUGGCCAAAACAAAAUGUGCUGCCUGAUGCAGCCUGGAGCCUGUUCGCUUUGCAUGUAUACAUGUGCCAAGAGUUGAGAGUUUAGAAGCCACUAUAAUAUUGCCAGUCUUGCUGUUUUCCCACUGAAUUCAUCUUUAGUUACAUAAUGCAAAUGGAAAAAAAAUUGCAGUACCUUGUUGUUCCUCCAUCCUGGGCAAUAGGUUUCCAAAGAGUUGUAAGGUAGCAACCCCACCCAAUCCAGUUUCUUAAAAACGAUAAAACAUUCUUUCUGGCUUCCUGUAUUUGGAAUUUCAUGGAAGUUUGUUUGUUGAGCUGCUGAAAUCAGACUCUCGUGAAGUUCUGGUCCUUAGAAUUUCAGUCUUGUGGGGCAAACUGAUCAUAUUUACAAAAAAAAACUUGCUCCAAAUAGGGAUGGUUCAUUGUGUGUGACACUAAAAAUGAAUCUUAACUUUAUCCUAAGGGUUUAAAUAUUGACUGAAUAUUUGUAAUUUGCUCUGAAAAUAAAAGCUGGUAUACCAUGUUUGUUGAAUUAUGUGGUUACAACAGUUUUUCUUUUCUAGGGAAAUAAUAUUUAGGGCCCUACUUCUUUCCUGCCUCUUGACCACCUUGCAUUUCUGCUGGCAUGUCUGUAAUUGCUGUAUGUCAGAUGGGGUGGGGUUGCUACUUUGUGCCUCAGAUUGGAGAAUGGUUUAGCAAUCUGGUUUUGGAAUUUUUUAUUGUCCAAAUGGACAAACUUCAGCAAGCCAGUAUCCAGCCAGCACCGAAAUCCACUUGUACCCUCUGGCAAAGUGUUUCAGAAUUCUUGCAGUGUAGCAAAUCCUACAAUAAUGGUUUUUCGUUCGUCAGCUGCAGCAAUAAAGAAGCACAUUUCAAGUGCUGGUUGUUAAAAUGAGAUCAUUGGAAGGGACCAUGGAAUAGUUUUACUUUUUAGCUUUAAGUUAAAAAUGUGAAGGUUUUGCUUAUAUUUAAUUAAAGUUCAGUAGUUCAACAUGAUAUGGAAAGUUAAUUUUGCGCAAGUUGCCAAAGAGAGGUAAUGGUUUGCUGGAAUUUGGCCAUUUCCACAACUAAAUGAUGCAGUAGAGACCAAUUUUUUUUUUACAUAGGUAUGAAAUGACUGGAUUGAGUCCAAAUUGCAAUGUUCUACUUACAAACCCCCUAGUCAUGAUAGAGAUAAAUAACUCAUUUAUGGUUUGUUUAAUCUGUGCCUAAUGUUCCUCAGUGCACAUCAUGUUUGGGAUUAGUAUGACCAAAAGCUAUUGAAAACCUGGGUAUUAACACAAAAUGCCCACUGAUCAUCUAUCUUCUCGUAUUCAUAGAUGCCUGUUGCUAAUAAGCAAUCAACCUUAAAGAUUCUGCAGUGGUAUUGAGGAAAUUGGCUGCUACUUUGUUUAAACUCAUCUGCAGCUUUUCAGGAUAUUAUUAGCAAAUUCCUUUAAGCUCCUAUCUGUGACCAUACUUAAUAGAAGAAUGCACCUGAUAUUCUUAACACUUAUCCCAUCUGCAAUCCACUGUUAUCCAGAGGGUCUCAUUGUGCUGGUAGGUGCCUUGCAUGCCCAUUUUACAAUAUUGUAAUCCAAUAUGUACAAGGAUGUGAUUGGUGAUGCUAAAAUAUUUCACUGUUUAGAUGUGUUGCUGAAAUGUUGCAAUUUUAUUGAAGUUUGUUCAAAGAUUGACAGAACAAUGUGAAAAAUGCUUUUCAAUCAUUAGUAUUGCAGCAGAAUUAAUCCGUGCAUUGCAUUCUAUUCCCCAGCAACUGAAUAUGGGAUUUUUGAAGCUAACGUUUUUUGGAGGAGACUGUCUGGAAAUAUCCCAAAACUGCAACGAUGCUUGUGUUCUUAAGUCUGUACCCACUAACUGUCAUCAGCAACUUGGAUUUCUAGUUGUUACGGUACACUAUGAUCAAACCUUGGAUAGUAAAGGGAGGCCAAUCUCAAAUUACUUGAUGCAGGGCAACAGGCCACAUCCAUUAGAUUUUGUGCUCAGCUGUUCAGAGAUAAUAUUUCUUGAGCAAACUAAGAUUUCAUAUUAAUGAUAUUGAAGGAAUCCUUUAAAGCUAGGCUUCAUCAACGAGUGAAUAACUUAGCAGUUUGGACACCAGAAUAAGCAAUUUGAUUGGACUGAAUGAGAUGCUUUCAGCUACGACUGUAUCAAAGCACAGAGGUUGGCCUGUGGGAGUCAGAACUAGAGAAGGGAAACUUGAACCUGACUUUCCCACUCCUGAUUGCUACCCAAAAAGCACUACUUUAAUAAAUGUGAGAUGAGAAUUGGGCUCAGCUCUGCAGUACCCUCUCUGGUUCAAAAGGACUGACAAUCCACCAAAGUCCAGACUCUUGGGUAAAGAAUAGCUGUUUGGAUUCUAUACCGGAACCUGUAUUCUGAGUUUGGGACAAGUGUAGGGUGAGAGAUGAACAAGCAAAAGUGUAUUCUGUGAACUAACUAAAUUCUACAUUGAACAGAAAUGUAUUAUAUGUUUUAAUCCAACUUUUGGUACUGACUUUUUCUAUGUUUAGUGUAAACCGAAGUAUUUUUGCUCUCUGAAAGUAUGACCCCAGAAUUAUGGUAUGCUUCUGACAUGUCGUUCCAGAUUAGUUCUGAAGUAUAUUGGUAUCCCCAAAGCUUACAUUUUAUGUUUGCUGAUGCAGUACUGUCCUUCUGAUAGCAAGAGUAUUUGUGGUGUAAACAUUUGUUUAAUAGGGUGAGGGUGUCAUUAUGUAUUGAGUAGGUUUUUAACUAUGUUGGGUUGUUGCCUAUCUAGGAAAUAUAAAUUGUGGAAGGGGAUCUAUCUCUCAUGGGAUAUGUUCCUAAUUUCCUUCUCAUUUGACUCGAAUAAAAAAAUUACAGUUUUUUUUGCCAGUUUAAAAAUGAAUUUGGUAAAACUCUUGUAAAUUGAAUCAUUUAGUUUGCAGCAGAGGUGAAAGACAAUGAAUUUGCACAUUUUAGCACAGGUGGCUCUGUACUGAAGAAAGAUUUCAAAAGAAAAUUAAAAGCAAUUAACUAGCCAAAAAUGCUACUUUUUAAUCCUGUCUUUUAAGAUGCCUCAAUACCUGAUAAUGGGAUUGAAUGUGGCAGGGUUGGGGGAUGAAGUUAGGUGCUGGUGGCUGUUAUGUUCCUCCUUUACCUUCACCCACUUCCCAAACAGCUUGCAGCUGUGAGAUCCAACGUCCAACAGAUUGACCUUGAAACUCCCUGCAACCUUGUGAAAAAAUGCAACAUGUACUUUGCUGUUUGAGGCUGAAGGUAGCUUCAAAGAUCCUUUGAUAGAUUUCCUUUCUCUGGGGGUAGGUGCAGUACAAUUGACCAUGGUGUCCUGCAGUUAGGGAGAGGAAAUAUAGUCCAAGAAGGCACUUAUUCCUGCUUAUUAUCUGUUCACUUCUACUCCGUAUACGGAGAGGAAAAAUAACCAAAAAUAUCUCAGUCCUUUACAAGCAAAAGAGUGAACAUAAAGUGAGGACACUGUUAGAUUUCACUGUAAUCAUCUCUUGAUUACUUCUAAGCUUAAGAAUAUCAAUAAAGAGUGGGUAAUUGCUUAUACUGCAAGCAUACUGCUUUCUCCUGUUGGUGAUGGAGAAUAAUAAAAACUCAAAUAUUGGGUUAGGCAAUAAGGGUUAGUCAGUGAAAUUCAGCUAUUUACUCAAGAAAACAUUUUCAAUCCUGGUAUUUUGGACCAGUCACCUAUAAGUUGUGCUUGCUUCAUAACCUGAGUAGUGAGUAGUGUUUUUUUUUGGUAAGUGUGUGCUGAUAGAAAUUUUCCUACCCCUGCUUUCAGAUGUGUUUAUUUUAUAGGUUAAGUUGAUAUCCAAGUGCUUCCUUGAAAAAUUUAAAUAGUAUCACUGGAUUAUAGUAAAGUAAGUCCUUGUUCCAGAAUGAAUCAAUUUUAUAUAGUCUGUUCAAAACUGGAGUUGUGUUUUCCAAUUGCUCUGUCAAAAAUCGGUCUCUGUCUAUUCUAGUGUUGAAAUCUGGCUUGUUUGAUUACCUAGUUGUUUUUAAAUUAUUUGGCCGUAAAGCAUGUUCAUGGCUCAUCAUCAUCUAAUGUACACACAGUAUAACAACUCACGGAGUGAUCCUCCUAUAAAGAAGUUAUUACAAAUGAGUAAUGCAAGGAUUUCACUUUGAUUUACAGUACAUAAUGUCAAUUUGAUCACUGUUAGUCUAAAAUCAUUUUGCUUCUGUAUAUUUUACCUGCAAGUAAAAUGGACCAUGCCUGUAAAAAUAAAGUUACACAAUCUAUAUAAUGUGGACCUCUUGUGGUGCAGUGGUAGUGACCCUACCCCUGGACCAGGAGGGUCCAGGUUCAAGUCCCAUCUGCCCUGGAGGUGUAUAAUAUCAUCUCUGAACAGGUUGAUUAGCAAAAUAGGACUGCAGCACAUAAAUCUUCUCAAGGAGAAUUAGAGAUGGGCAGUAAAUGCUGCCUUUGCCAGCCCAAAUUUCAUGAACAAAUGAAAAGAUCUAUAGAAUGCCAGCACUUACGCUUUACACAAGCAACCUCAUAACCCUAUUUUCUUUGUCUCUUUUGCUUAUCUCGCUUCCUGUUGUGGUAGAUUUCACAUUCUUCAUUGAUUUAUUCAUGACUAUCUUUUGUUUAUAGCCCCUAGCUUUGGUCUCCUCUUCAACUGGAAACAUCAUUGACUACCCUUGCAUAAUGUUAAAGCCACCUAUUGGGUAAGCUUCAGAUGGUGCUGUUCCUGAUAAUCAGUUCAGCAUUCUUUGAUUUGGUAGGAAUGUGAUUCACAAUUUGUAUUCUCCUGUGAGUAAUAAAUUGCAAUUAGUUGUUAA